CUGGGGUGAGGGAGGGUGAGGGAGGACAGGGAGGCGUGGCUCGGCAGGUCGCGGGUGUAUAAGGCGAGGUGGCGGGGCGCGUGUCACCAUUACCGCAGCCGCCGUCACCGCCGCCGUCACCAUGAAGACCCUCGUGCUCGCUCUUCUCGCCCUCGCCGCCCUCGUCGCCGCGCGCCCCGAGAACGUGCUGAACCUGGAUCUAGAUGACAUCCACCAAGACAUGGACAUUGACGACACCACUAUCACCGGCACCUACCGCUGGACGUCUCCUGAGGGCACCGAGUACUUCGUGCGCUACAUCGCCGACGAGAAAGGUUACCGCGUGCUGGAGUCCAACGCCGUGCCCGUCACUGUAGAUGGCACGCCCGCUAAUGGUGCCCAGGGGUCUCUGUCUUCUGAGGAGGAUGACCAUGAUGAUGAUGAUGAUGAUGAUGAUGAUGACCGAUUUGAUUUUGACUGAGUAUGAUGUCACCUCAGCACCACAGCACUACAGGCACAGAGCAUCACUACACCACGCUACAUCAGAGAACACCACAGCACACUACACCACAACACCACCACAAGGCCAAUACAAUUCAGCCCCAACAACACCAUAACGCAACAUCACAAUACAUCGCAGCACCACCACACCACACCACCACAACACGACACCACCACAACAACCUCAACUACACCCCACCACACUGUCACCAUAAGGACACCAUAUAACACCACCACAACAUCACAAAGCAUACCCACCGCGGCCUGCCUCUUGCUCCCUCCCCUUUCCAAUCACCCCUCCCUCCCCCUCUAGUCAUUACCAGGAGGGGGUCGCCGCACCCUUCCUCCCACCCCACCCUGUAUUUUAACCAAUAAAUCAACGAAAGAUGGA